GCGGCUGGACGCUGCUCCUCUGCGGGGGACUGGCAGGUUACCGCCACCUCCGACUUUUCCCUGGCUGUCUUCGGCCUUGACUCGUGACCCUAGGCUCUUUGGGACUUCUCUGACCUGGCUAGCCACACCCCAGACUCAAACCAUGUUCCCGGUGAAGGUGAAAGUGGAGAAAUCAGCUCGUUGCUACCAUCUCAGGAGCCCACCACACACGCCCUAUCUCUCCUCUUGGUGAUAUGAGGAAUCCCUGCAUCUCGAAGCCUCCUCAGGAAGCCCCGGGGCUGGCAAGGCAUGUCCCCUACCAUACUUCCAGCCUCUGAGCACUAAGCCAGAACUCCCACUAUUUGGAAGAGAAGAGCAAAUACCCCAUAAAGAGCUGGAGAUGGCCAAGGCCCGGAACCAACUGGAUGCCGUUCUUCAGUGUCUGCUAGAGAAAAGUCACAUGGACAGGGAACGUCUGGAUGAGGAAGCAGGGAAGACCCCCUCAGACACCCACAACAAGGACUGUUCCAUCGCAGCCACUGGCAAACGGCCCUCUGCCCGCUUUCCCCACCAGCGGAGGAAGAAGAGGAGGGAGAUGGAGGAUGGGCUGGCCGAGGGAGGGCCGCAGCGAUCCAACACGUACGUGAUCAAGCUGUUUGACCGGAGUGUGGACCUGGCCCAGUUCAGCGAGAACACACCACUCUACCCCAUCUGCCGCGCCUGGAUGCGCAACAGCCCUUCAGUGCGCGAGUGUGAACGCUCGCCCAGCUCCCCGCUGCCCCCACUGCUUGAGGAUGAGGAGGGGUCAGAGGUCACCAACACCAAGAAUCGUGAUGUGUACAAGCUGCCUCCGCCCACAGCCCCUGGGCCCCCCGGGGAGGCCUGCAGAUCCCGCAUCCCAUCCCCUCUGCAGCCUGAGAUCCAGGGUGCUGCUGCUGAUGAGCCCUCGGAGCCAGAGCCCUCGCCCUCCACGCUCAUCUACCGCAACAUGCAACGUUGGAAACGCAUCCGGCAGAGGUGGAAGGAGGCAUCUCAUCGGAACCAGCUUCGGUACUCAGAAAGCAUGAAGAUUCUUCGGGAAAUGUAUGAGCGACAGUGAUGGCCCCAAUAAACUCCCCUUCCCCACACCAG